AUGUCCAACCUGUUCGACCAGGCGCGCGCGCGCCUGAGCGGCUCGCCCGCAAUGAUUCCCGAGCGGCUGCGGUCGUACUCGGGCCGCGUUCCGACGCUCGCCAAGGACGCCGACGGCGCGAAUACGAACGCUGCCGUCGAUCCCAGCGCCGGCCAAAACGCCGGUUUGAAGAGGCCCAGCAUCGCCGGCACUUGUGACAGCGGCUUGGGCUCCAGCACGGCCAGCCUGGCCUCCUCGGACGGCUCGUCCGACCUGCUCACUACGAACGGCGCCCAUGCCCACAAGCGUGGCCAGCCCGACGUCGCAGCCACGACUGUGACCACGGGCUCCGGGUCCGCAUCCAGCUCCACAGCUGGCUCUGUUUCGGACUUCAAUGCGGCCUCCCGGACCACCAAUUAG